AUGGGGUGCACCACCUCAAGGCAAGCCCGGCAUGACCUCCGGCACUGCCCUUCUCCGCUCCCUCUACCGCGCUGCCAGUCGUUCCCCGCCCGCUUCGACGCCGGCGUCCACCUCGUGCGGCUCACGUCGUCGACGCUUGGGUCCCUCGAGAUCGACAAGGCCGCCGGGCUGCGUGCGCUGGAGGCCGCGGCCACGGCGCGCGCGCCCAGGAGGCUGGUCCCGCGCACGCCCACCAUGACGCCGCCGAAUGAGCCCGAGGACAUCGACGCAUGGGCGCUCAUGGCCGGCCUCGAGGAGCAGUCGCCACUUCUGGCCGCGCCGUUCGGACGUCACUCCUUCUCGUUCCCGAUCGCGGCGCCGCAGGAGUUCGCCGCGUCGUCCAAGGUUACGCCGCUGCCCAUGAGGAUGCCUUCCGUGAACGGCGAGGUGAAGGCGAGCAAGCCCAUGACGCCGCCGCGCAAGAAGAAGGCCGUGCUCUACUUCACGUCGCUGCGCGGCGUGCGCGCCACGCACGAGGACUGCUGCCUGGCGCGCGCCAUCCUCAAGGGAUACAGCGUGCGCGUCGACGAGCGGGACGUGUCCAUGCACCGCGAAUUCCGCGACGAGCUCCACGGCCUCCUCGGCCUCAGGGGCGGCGCCCUCUCCAAGUGCUGGACGCCGGCCGCGCCGAUCCUCCCGAGCCUGUUCGUGGACGGGGAGUUCGUGGGAAACGCGGAAGAGCUGAAGCGGCUGCACGAGAACGGGGAGCUGGCGGCGAGGCUCGCCGGGUGCGAGAGCGCGGCGGCCGGCGAGUCAGGCGCGUGCGAGGCUUGUGGCGACGCACGGUUCGUGCUCUGCGAGGAGUGCUCCGGUAGCUGCAAGGUGUACGUGGACGACGAGGACGAGGUCUACGACGACGGAGAAGAAGGGAUGGACGACGGUGGCGCGGGGUUCCGGCGGUGCACGGAGUGCAACGAGAAUGGCAUCGUGAGGUGCCCCGUCUGCUGCUGCUCCUGA